AUGGCACAUAAGAAAUCGCUCGAAGCACUUGACCGAACUCUGCGAGAUUUUCGUGGAAAAGACCAACCGAUGGGAGGCGCUUUUAUACUUCUUGCAGGUGAUUUUCGUCAAACAUUACCCGUUAUACCACGAUCAACGCCUGCAGACGAGCUGAACGCGUGCUUAAAGGCAUCGCAUCUGUGGAACUAUGUCGAAAAAAUUACGCUCACAACAAAUAUGCGAGUGCAUUUGCUGCAAGAUACGUCUGCCCAAAUAUUUUCAAAGCAACUUUUAGAUAUCGGAAACGGUAAAGUUCAUAUUGAUCGCACAACAAAUGAGAUAUCAUUUCCGUCCAACUUUUGUCAAAUGCAGCAGAGCAUUCAAGACGUCAUCGACAGAGUAUUUCCGAACUUAACGAUCAACUACCGAAAUCCGGAAUGGCUCCGCGAACGUGCAAUUUUAGCUCCGAAGAACGAUGAUGUUAGUAAAUUAAACGGUCAAAUUCAAUUGAAAAUUCCAGGAGAAGCAGUCGAAUAUAAAUCGAUUGAUACAGUAAUGGACAAAGAUCAAGCUGUGAAUUACCCAACUGAAUUUCUUAAUUCUUUGGAGCCACCUGGAAUGCCUCCUCAUUCGUUGGCGUUAAAAGUUGGAUCACCAGUGAUGCUUAUUCGGAACUUGAACGCGCCGAAACUGUGCAACGGAACCAGAGUGAUAAUAAAAAAAUUAACACCGAAUUUGAUCGAGGCAACAACCAUCAGCGGUAAAUUCAAAGGCGAAGAUGUGCUGCUUCCACGUAUACCGAUGAUUUCCAACGAUUUACCGUUCGAAUUCAAGCGGCUUCAAUUCCCUUUGCGUCUUGCCUUUGCUAUAACUCUAAAUAAAGCACAAGGGCAAUCAUUAACUAUUGCGG